CCACAGAGGUUCCCGCUGGGCGCCUCCCCCAGGAUGGCUUCCACCUCCGGACCCCCUGCUUUCAGGCUGGGGACCUAUGGAGGCUGGGAAGAUGGGGCUGAUGUGGACACAGGACAGCGGGGCCUUGGGGCUGUGCUGCCCCCCAUGGACUCACCGUAUGUGCCUGAAGACAGAAACUUCUCCCCUCAGAUCAAAGUCAACCUCAACUACCGAAAGGCAGCAGGUGCCAGACAGCUGGCCCUAAACCACUUUGACCGUGACCGGCUCUUCAGCGCUGCUGCCCGGGGUGACUCCGAGGACCUGGCGGGGCUACUGGAGUACCUGCGCACUACCAGCAAGUACCUCACCGACCCAGAGUACACAGAGGGCUCCACCGGGAAGACGUGCCUGAUGAAGGCCGUGCUGAACCUUCAGAAAGGGGCCAAUGCCUGCAUCCUGCCGCUGCUGCAGAUCGACCGGGACUCGGGCAACCCCAGGCCUCUGGUCAACGCCCAGUGCACAGACGAGUACUACCGAGGCCACAGCGCCCUGCACAUCGCCAUCGAGAAGAGGAGCCUGCAGUGCGUGCGGCUCCUGGUGGAGAACGGUGCCGACGUGCAUGCCCGGGCCUGCGGCCGCUUCUUCCAGAGGAAAAGCCAAGGCACUUGUUUUUAUUUUGGUGAGCUGCCCCUCUCGCUGGCGGCCUGCACCAACCAGUGGGAUGUGGUGGCCUACCUCCUGGAGAACCAGCACAAGCCUGCCAACCUGGACGAGGCCGACUCGCUGGGCAACACGGUCCUGCACGCGCUGGUGAUGAUCGCAGACAACUCGGCUGAGAACAGCGCUCUGGUGACCCACAUGUACGACAGGCUCCUCCACGCUGGGGCCAGCCUCUACCCCUCGCUGCGGCUCGAGGAUAUCCCCAACCGGCAGGGCCUUACACCCCUGAAGCUGGCUGCCCAGGAGGGCAAAAUGGAGAUUUUCAGACACAUCCUGCAGCGAGAGAUUUCAGGAGAGCACCAGUGCCUUUCCCGGAAGUUCACUGAGUGGUGCUACGGGCCGGUCCAGGUGUCACUGUAUGACAUGGCCUCUGUGGACAGCUGUGAGGAGAACUCGGUGCUGGAGAUCAUCACCUUUCACUGCCGGAGCCCGCGUUUCCCACGCCUGUCCUUCCUCCCGCAGCUGUGGUGCUUCUGGAGGCGCCGUCUGUUCAUCUGGAUCUCGUUCUUGGACAGCUACUUUGAACUGCUCUUGUAUGUGGGGCCUCACUCCUCCAUCUCAGGCCCUGGAGGACAGGAGGACGGGGAGGGCAGCGAGGUCCCAUACCGUGGCAUCGUGGACACCGCCCUGGAGCUCUUCAAGUUCACCAUCGGCAUGGGCGAGCUGGCCUUCCAGGAGCAGCUGCGCUUCCGCGGGGCUGUGCUGCUGCUGCUGCUGGCCUACGUGCUGCUCACCUACAUCCUGCUGCUCAACAUGCUCAUCGCCCUCAUGAACGAGACUAUCACCAGCGUCAACACCGACAGCUGGAGCAUUUGGAAGCGCAGAGCCAUCUCCGUCCUGGAGGUGGAGAACGGCUACUGGUGGUGCAGGAGGAAGAAGCAGCCGGCAGGGGUGAAGCUGAGGGUUGGCACCAGGCCAGAUGGUAGCCCGGAUGAGCGUUGGUGCUUCAGGUCGGAGGAAGUGAACUGGGCUGCCUGGGAGCAGACGCUGCCCACGGUGCGCGAGGAGCCUGUGGGGCCAGGCGACCCUGGCACCAGGAAGAGCCCGGACCCAGCCAACAGCCCCGGGAAGGACGGUGCCCUGGAGGAAGACCACCUGCCCCUCCAGCCCCUAACGUCCCACUGACAGAAGGCCAGUGCAGCCGGAGGCCGGCAUGGCAGCGCCAAGGAACUUUCCUAGGAAACAAAUCCCAAUAAAUAUUUUCUCAGGACUAACCCUACCGGAGAGAUCCGAGCAAAGUUACUGGGCCCCUAGGCUGGUCGACGUCUGCAUCUCUCUGUGAGCAAGGGCCCGUGUCUGGGGCUGGGUGCUCCCGCCCUCACCUGGGCCCAGGAGCCCUCGCCUGCUGCCCCCCAGCCUUGAGCUGUCCUCUUCCUGGGUGCAGGGAGCUGUCCAGGGGGCUCCUGUUCUGGCAGCUGUGUGGUGGUGGACAUGCAGGAGCAAGGCCUCCCUCCUCCCUCUCCCACAGCCCCGGGCACCUCCAAGACGCCUCUCAAAGCCCUUGCGGCCUCGGCUUAGUUUGGACUCUGGAGUAUUGCUUUCUCUCCCCACUGGCGUCCUCCUUAGUUUAUACCCUGGCAAGCCGUUCUCUCAGAGCAGGCAGAGGGCACUUGCUAAGACACAAGAGAACCGCGAUACCUCUGUGCUCGGGAGGCUUGAGGCUCCCUGUGCGCACGGGUACUGUAGCUGGCACCCCCAGCACUCCGUGGUUUUGCCCAAGCAUUUCCAGGCACCUCUCCCAUACCCCUGCGGCCCCCCAUGUUCUCCUUAGUACUUUCACCAGAUUCUUCACGCAGGCAGAGGGGCCUCAUGUGGGUCUGACCCCAUGACUUGGCUCUCUGGAAAUGAAACUGGAAAAGUCGGUGUGCAUGCUGCCUGU